AUGGCUGCUAUGAACCCAGAAUAGUGAGUGAAUCGUCCGAAAAUAAGGUUUUAUGAAAGAGUUUUCAGCGAUUAUUUGUUCAAACUUCUGCUUAUCGGGGAUUCGGGUGUUGGAAAGUCGUGCCUGUUGCUCCGAUUCGCCGACGACACCUACACCGAGUCCUACAUUUCCACAAUCGGCGUCGACUUUGUUAGUUUUUCUUACCGAUUAUUAAUAAUUAUACGUUCUUUUUUUCAGAAAAAUUCGCACAAUUGAGCUGGACGGCAAGACAAUCAAACUCCAAAUUGUGGGUUUUUUUCCUGUUCUGAAAAAAACUUUUUUUAUUUUUUAUUUUGGAGAAAUUAAAUUUUUUAUUCUUGCGAAACUUUGUUUAUUUGGAUUUUGAACCAUUUUUUGGUGAGAUUGCGAAAUCAAUAAAGAUAAAAAUGUCAAAAAGACAUCUCACGCUUAUAAAUGAGAAAUUUUCUGGUUUUCGAUUGGAAAUUGAUUGAAAUUAAGUUUUAUUUUUCAGUGGGACACAGCAGGACAAGAGCGUUUCCGCACAAUCACUUCCAGUUAUUACCGUGGCGCUCAUGGAAUCAUCGUUGUUUAUGACAUUACCGAUCAGGUAAUUAUAAAAACUCGAAUGUUUCAUAAGCAAAUUGAAAUUUUUCCAGGAAACUUUCAACAAUGUGAAACAGUGGCUACAGGAAAUUGAUCGAUAUGCUUGUGAGAAUGUUAACAAGUUGUUGGUCGGAAACAAGUGCGACUUGACGGCCAAGCGCGCCGUCGAAACUCAGGCUGCCAAGGUUUCUAAACAUUUCUUCUUUUGAUCAGCAAAAUGACAUAGUUUCUUUUUUGAAGAUGAAAUACCUUGAAAUUUCUACAAAAAAUUUUCGCUUUUGCGUAUAGUUUUUUCAUUCGCCAAUAUUUUUUACCUUUUUUUGAAGGAAAUUUUGUUUGAUAGUCUAAAAUUUUACAAUGCUAAAUAUUUUUUUCCAAUAAAUUGAUGACCCACAGAAAACUUUUUUUAGUUAUGAUUAUUCUUUUAUUAUCAAACAAUCAAUUAUUCCUAAUCUUUUUUUCGAAUUCAAUAAUCAAACACCUUGUGAAGCUUAAGGAAGAAAUUUAUUUUACGUUGAAGAUUUGUGAAAUCGUAUUUAGAAAGUUUUUAAAAAGCAAUAAUGUUAUGUCGUUGAGAUCUCUGUAAAAAAAUAUGAAUCUGCUUUGAGACAAUUCAGCAAGCAAUCGAAAAAUGCCUUAAAAUGAAUGGAGGAUAUUAUUUUUUGGGGAAAAUUUGUAGUAAUUUGCAGGAUUACGCUGAUCAAUUGGGUAUUCCGUUCCUCGAGACGUCGGCCAAGUCAUCUACUAACGUCGAACAGGUUCGUUUCCAGAUUAAUUAUUUGGCAGUCAUUUUUCUCACAAAAAAUUUUUUUCCGUUACAUUUUGAAUGCUGUAAUUUAAUUACCGUCAGUGUCAGAGCAUUUUGGAAUUUUUUUUUUUCGAUAUAAUGACUAUUUUCGACGUUUAAUAGAUGCAAAUUUAAGCUCUUUCACAUAAUUUUUCUUUCUCAAAGAUAUUCCAAAAAGUUAGAGAUUUUUUUUUAGUAGUUUUAUGAAAAUCGUGGACAAGGUAUUACAAAAAGAGGGCCUUUUUUAUCCUUAGUUGCUUUCUUUUUAUUUUUAAAGCUCUAUUUUUAGCCACCAAAAACGGGGUUCUUGUUCUUCUCAUUUUUUGAAAAUUUUCAACAACUGUUUCAGGCUUUCUUGACGAUGGCGUCGGAGAUCAAGUCUCGAAUGGGUCCAGUGCAAGGAGCUGGAGCUGCACCAGGAGUUCGCAUUACGGGAAGCCAGCCGGUUCAGGACAAGAAGAGCGGCGGCUGCUGCUAA